AGUUUAUCUGAUAAACCUGAUAGAAAUCAUCAUCAUCGCCACAAUCUACAACCAAUACAGCAGCAACAACCACAACUACAAUGUGGUAAUGAACGAGUGAUUGAGGGAGGAGUAUUUGAUGCUAACAAUAUAGGAAGUAGUAAUGUUGUUGCAGACACAUCAUUUUUCAAUGAAACUAUUGGUAUCAUCAUAGGCAUUUGGAAUAUAGUCAAGGGUGUUGUGGCUGUUGGUGGUCUUUAUGGUGGUAUCACUGUAACUAAUCAAUUUUAUUUUUUUAAAUUGACGAUCCAAUGA